AUGUCCCCCUCUGGCUUUGAAGACAUCAGCACGGACGAAUACGAGGGGUGGAUCCAAUACCAAAUGAUGGUGUGCAUUCACAAUUACUUCAAUCGCAAGAAGCUGCACAGCCGCAUGAUGGUCAUCGCCAACGCGCCUGUUUCGAACACGGAGCAGUACAAGAUUGACGCUGCGUUUCGUCCGACCGUGUGCGAGCUGCACCACAGCUUUCUGCCUCUUAUCAUUGAGUUCGAGCAGCAGCGUGCACACCGAGCGGCAGCAAAGGAGCAAUUGCGUGAAUACGCAUUGCACGCUAUCAAGUGCGUUCCCCACUGGGAGUCUGUGAUCAAGGGGCUGAUGUACCCCAUUGGCAUCGCUGUGGCCGGGAACUGUGUUGACGUGUAUGGUUUCGUCCUUGGACACAAGACGUUCGCUGGUGGCCAGAAGAUGCCAGUCAUCAACACCAUCACCCUAACAUCCACCACGCUGUCCAAGUUCUCCCGUGUGCUGGAUGUGCUCUUGUCUGAGCCCCUGCUGGCCUACUACGACUCGCUCUACGCUCGAUGCUUUGGAGCCCCUGCCACCACCUCUCCGCCACCGCUGCCAUCUCCCCAGUGCGAUAUCCCACCUGCUCUUGUUGAGCGCAUUCGCUUGAGCGGCGAUUGCCCCGAGGAACCACAGCAGCCACAGCACCAGCAGCCACAGCAGCACCAGCAGCACCAGCAACUACAGCAGCAGCAGCAGCCACAGCACCAUCAGCAGCAGAAAGACGAGGUCGUCUUGGCCAACAUGCGCGUGUUCUUCGAGUUUGAAGAACUAGCGGCAGAUGUGAAGAUUAUUGACGACACUGUGGUGAAGCGUGUGCCUGACGACCAGAACAUCGACCGUAUUCGUCUUAUGUGGCGCAUCCUGCACCCACGUCACCCGAUUCGCGUCAUCAACAGCAACACCAUCGUCAUGCCCUUCCUCGGCAGCGGCAAGUUCACCACGCCAGAGCAGCUGUUGUGCGUGGCAGAGCAGCUCCUGCGGUUGUGUUUCCACUCACUUCCCCACGCCGACGUCAGGAAGGAGAACAUCGCAGUGAGGAACGCUGAAGUCGCGUUCCUCAUUGAUGUGGAGAAUUUUGGAACGCACACGCCGGACGGGUUCAACUGUUGUCUGCUGGAACGCCAUCCUGACUUGUUUUGUCGCUCGGGCGAGGACCGGCUGCCGUUCAAAAGCAUCCACGACUUUUACUCACUGGCCAUGGCAUGGGCUCGCCCCGACUUUGGCGAGAGGUUUGAUGUCCUGAGAACGUGUGAUCGGUUUGAGAAUGCGUGCCGGCGACUUGUUGAGUGGCUGCAGCAGAAGAAGCGUGACAUGGCGCAUAAGGGCGGUGGAAACGCUGACGACGGUGACCACGGACAUGAUGAUGAUGAUGAUGAUGAUGAUGAUGAUGAUGAUGAGGAGGAGGAGGAGGAGGAGCAGCAGCAGCAGCAGGAGCAGGAGGGGGAGGAGGAAGGCUUGUGUUUGGAGAUGAAAGACACAUUGGUGCCGAAAGGGGGUUAG